AUGGCCUGGCGGACUCGCUUGUGCACUGGGUGGCCUUUUCCCAAGUUCACGUGUCCAGAGGCAAGUCUCUCCUUGCAACCGCAGGAGAGCCCAGUACCAGCUGCCACAGCUGGAGUCACGGCAGGACAGGCCUUUAGGAAGUCUCUUCCCCUCGUUGGCCGAGUAUUACUUGAAAGGAGUGCUGCGGAAACUGUAACCAAAGGAGGCAUUUUGCUUCCAGAAAAGUCUCCAGGAGAAGUAUUGCAAGCAACAGUAAUAACUGUUGAAUGGGGCUCCAAAGGAAAGGGUGGAGCGACUCAACCAGUUAAAGUACAAAUGGGAGAUAAACUUCUACCAGAAUAUGGAGCCAUUAAAGUAGUUCUAGACAACAAGGAUUGUUUCUUAUUUAGAAAUGGGGACAUUCUUGGAAAGUGCAGACUGAAAUAA